GUCUCUUCUCCCCUUGGCUAAUUUUGUUCUUUCAGUUAGGGCUUUUUCUCUCUCGCUCACAGACACACUGUCUUACACUCUGUGGAAGUUACAGUACGUCUCUCAACACACUACUGGAGCCUAAUUUGCAGAAUCUUCGAUUCGGUCGGGAGGAAACCUAAUUUUGAAUCGCGAUGCCGCGGCGGAGGGACGAAUACGAGGACGACGAGCUGGAGCAGGACGAAGAGGAGGAGUACGACGCCGUUGAUGAAGAGGAUGAGGAGGCGGAUGACUACGACGACGGCGGGAAGACGAAACGCAAGAGGGGUAGAUCGGAAUUUAUAGAUGAUUAUGCGGAGGAGGAGGACGAGGAGGAAGACGACGACGAUGACGAGGAUUACGGUGGAGGUGGAGCUGGUAGCCGUGGUGGUGGAGCCAAGCGGCACAGGAAGGCUGCUUCGGGGUUUUUCGAUGAGGAGGCGCAGGUGGAUACCGAUGACGAAGAGGAGGACGAGGAUGGGGAUGACGAUUUUAUUGAUCCUGGGGCUGAUAUACCUGACGAGGAUGAUAGAAGAAUUCAUCGUCGUCCGUUGCUUUCUCGUGAGGAUGAGCAAGAGGAUGUUGAGGAGAUUGAGAGAAGAAUUCAGGAGAGGUACGCUAAGAGCCUUAAUGUUGAGUAUGAUGAGGAGGCAACGGAUGUUGAACAGCAAGCUCUACUGCCUUCGAUUAGGGAUCCUAAAUUAUGGAUGGUGAAAUGUGCGAUUGGCCGUGAAAGGGAGGUAGCAGUUUGUCUUCUGCAGAAGUGUAUUGAUAAGGGACCUGAGUUACAAAUUAGAUCUGUCGUAGCACUUGAUCAUCUCAAAAACUAUAUAUACAUAGAAGCAGAUAAAGAGGCCCAUGUGAGGGAGGCUAUUAAGGGUUUGCGCAAUAUAUAUCCAAGCAAAAUAAUGCUUGUCCCAAUCAAGGAGAUGACUGAUGUUCUCUCAGUUGAAAGCAAGGCAAUCGAUAUUUCCAGGGAUACCUGGGUUCGAAUGAAAAUUGGUACAUAUAAAGGGGAUCUUGCAAAGGUUGUAGAUGUUGACAAUGUUCGGCUGAGGGCAACAGUGAAAUUAAUCCCGAGGAUUGACUUGCAGGCCCUUGCUAACAAAUUGGAAGGGAGGGAAGUUCCAAAGAAGAAGGCAUAUGUUCCACCUGCACGAUUUAUGAAUAUAGAUGAAGCUAGGGAGCUAAAUAUUCGAGUAGAGCGUAGACGAGAUCCAAGUUCUGGUGAUUACUUCGAAAAAAUUGAGGGGAUGAUGUUCAAGGAUGGUUUCUUAUAUAAAAACGUGUCACUGAAAUCGCUCAGAACUCUGAAUGUGCAACCAACUUUUGAUGAACUCGAGAAAUUUAGGAAAACUGGUGAAAAUGGCGAUGGGGACACAUCAAAUUUGUCAACGCUCUUCGCAAACAGAAAGAAAGGUCAUUUCAUGAAAGGUGAUCGGGUUAUAGUUGUGAAGGGGGAUCUUAGAAACUUGAAAGGGUUGGUGGAAAAAGUUGAGGAAGAUACUGUGCAUAUUAAGCCAAAUGAAAAAGGCCUUCCUAAAACUCUUGCUAUCAAUGACAAAGAGCUUUGCAAGUACUUUGAACCUGGGAAUCAUGUAAAGGUUGUAUCUGGCGCUACAGAAGGUGCAACUGGUAUGGUGGUUUCAGUUGAAGUUCACGUGGUGAACUUAGUUUCAGAUACAACCAAGGAGCUUAUCCGUGUCUUUGCGGACAAUGUUGUGGAAAGCUCUGAAGUGACGUCAGGUGUUACUAGGAUUGGUGAUUAUGAACUUCAUGACCUUGUGUUACUCGAUGACAAUAGUUUUGGUGUGAUUAUACGUGUCGAGAGUGAAGCUUUCCAGGUCCUUAAGGGUGUGCCGGAGAGGCCUGAUGUUGCUCUUGUGAGGUUAAGAGAGAUUAAAUACAAGAUCGAUAAGAAGAUUUUUGCAAAAGAUCGCUACAAGAAUACAUUAUCCGUAAAAGAUGUUGUAAAGAUUCUCGAGGGUCCGUGUAGGGGGAAACAAGGUCCUGUUGAACAUAUUUUCAAAGGAAUCCUAUUUAUUUAUGAUCGUCAUCACCUUGAGCAUGCUGGGUUUAUUUGUGUUAAAUCUGAGUGUUGUAUGAUGGUGGGUGGAUCUCGCGCAAACGGUGAUCGGAAUGGUAACACAACGCCAUCAAGAUUUGCCCAUCUCAGAACUCCACCUCGUCCUCAAUCUCCCAUGAGACCGCCAAGAGGCGGUCCUAUGAAUUUUGGAGGGAGGCACGGAGGUGGAAGAGGGGGAAGAGGUCAUGAUUCUUUAAUUGGAGCUGCUGUUAAAAUUCGUCUUGGCCAUUAUAAGGGAUGCAAGGGACGCGUGGUAGAUGUCAAAGGUACCACAGUCCGGGUUGAAUUAGAAUCACAAAUGAAGGUGGUAGCAGUUGAUCGCAGUUAUAUUUCGGAUAAUGCCAAUGUUACUACGCCAUCUAGGGAACCAUCCAGAUAUGGUAUGGGAAGUGAAACCCCUAUGCAUCCUUCUCGAACUCCAAUGCAUCCAUUUAUGACUCCCAUGAGAGAUUCUGGAGUAGCUCCUUCUCUUGAUGGUAUGAGGACGCCUAUGCGUGACCGUGCAUGGAACCCUUAUACGCCCAUGAGUCCUGCAAGGGAUAAUUGGGAAGAUGGAAAUCCUGGUUCUUGGGGAACUAGUCCACAAUAUCAGCCCGGAAGUCCUUCUAGGAGAGCAUAUGAAGCUCCUACACCUGGUUCUGGUUGGACAAGUACUCCAAGUAGCAGUUACAACGAUGCAGGCACGCCAAGGGAUAGUAGUUCUGCCUAUGCAAAUGCUCCAAGCCCAUACUUGCCCUCUACUCCUGGUGGGCAGCCACCAAUGACCCCAAGUUCGGCAUAUUUACCUGGUACACCUGGUGGGCAACCAAUGACACCCGGAAGUGGUGGUUUAGAUAUGAUGUCACCCGUAGGAGGUGCUGACAAUGAAGGCCCUUGGUUCCUGCCAGAUAUUUUGGUCAAUGUUCGUAGGUCUGGUGAAGACAGUUCUAAGGGAGUGAUAAGAGAAAUUCUUCCGGAUGGUUCGUGCAAGAUAGCUCUCGGAUCAAGUGGGAAUGGUGAAAUAAUCACUUCACUUGCUAGCGAAAUCGAGGUAGUGGCUCCAAGAAAGGCAGAUAAGAUUAAGAUUAUGGGUGGUCAGUAUCGUGGGUCCACUGGUAAGCUUAUUGGUAUUGAUGGCACCGAUGGAAUUGUGAAAGUCGAUGAUACACUUGAUGUCAAAAUCUUGGACAUGGUUAUAUUGGCAAAACUAGUUCAAACCUGAUGUUCGCUUAACUAAAGCCUACCCAGGAUUUGCUGAGACCGCAAAAGCUUUGGCAGAUAUAACAUAUAUGUUAUUUAUUUUGUACAUCUCGCAAGUUUUUGGAGUAUUUUUAAUUGACGGGCAAAUAUUUGAGAAAUGGCUUCCACUUUUGUUAUGAUUUGUGACCAUGGGAUACGUGGAAGGAGCCAGGAAUUGAAGGCAAAGAAAGCUAAGUUUACAAGGCUUUAAUUAGUUAUUUUCUUUUUUGUUUCAUUUACAAAACGGGGCUGUAUAUUUUAUAUGGUAUUAAACUAGAUGGGAACGAAUAGUCUGCGCAGUAAUUAGUUUGUUGUUUCGUCUAAGUUGAAGUUUUAACUGUAAAAAUCUGUGUAAUUGUACAUCUGAUUGGUGUGUGCUUCUCAUGAUAAUGAUGGAAUUGUUUCCAUCUCAGAUAACACGCCUUUUCGAUUCAUCA